UCAAGUUUUUAGACAGACAAGUCACACCUUUUUUCGGACUGUAAAGACAGAAGUUCAAUCGGAAGACCGAUAGUUUUCAUCUUGCUGAUCGCAAGGGGCCUAUCAAUUCUUCAGUUGGCUGUAAGAAGAUCCUUCAUCUCCUCCUCUUGAUUUGGUGACCUGUCCUAUCAUGGCUGAGAAGCUAGCGUCCUUCGGUAAGAUGCUGCUCCGGCGACGGGCGCUGGACUGUAACCAGGAAGAGAGCCACUUCGCCCGCUGCCUGACCACGCUGGACCUUAUUGCCCUGGGGGUGGGUGCCACUCUGGGGGCGGGCGUCUAUGUGCUGGCUGGAGAGGUGGCCAGGGAGAAGGCCGGCCCAGCCAUCGUCCUCUGCUUCCUCAUCGCAGCGCUCUCCUCCGUCCUUGCUGGUCUGUGUUAUGCUGAGUUUGGUGCUCGUGUGCCCAAGACUGGUUCAGCCUACAUGUACAGCUAUGUGACUGUGGGGGAAAUCUGGGCCUUCAUCACUGGCUGGAACCUCAUCCUCUCCUAUGUCAUAGGCACAGCCAGUGUUGCUCGGGCCUGGAGCUCCACCUUUGACAACCUGGUUGAACAGAAGAUCUCAGACUUCUUCAGAGCCUCCAUGUCCAUCAAGGUCCCUGGGAAUAUUCUUGCUGAAUACCCAGACCUCUUCGCCUUCAUCCUGAUCUUGCUGCUCACUGGCCUGCUGGCAUUUGGCGUUAGCGAGUCGGCCCUGGUGAACAAGAUCUUCACGGGGGUCAACCUGGUGGUGCUGGGCUUCGUCAUCAUCUCAGGCCUGGUGAAGGGAGACCGUACCAACUGGAACCUCACCGUGGAGGACUUUGUCAACACAACCAACAUCACUGAUCCAGAGAUCAUUAAAGAGAAGUUUGGCACUGGGGGUUUUGCUCCAUUUGGCUUCAGUGGAGUCCUGUCUGGUGCAGCAACCUGCUUCUAUGCCUUUGUGGGGUUCGACUGCAUCGCAACAACAAGUGAAGAGGCCAAGAACCCUAUGCGUUCCAUCCCCAUCGGUAUCGUGGCUUCUCUGCUCAUCUGUUUCUUUGCCUACUUCGGGGUGUCUGCGGCUCUCACCCUUAUGAUGCCCUACUACCUGCUGAACAGAGAGAGCCCACUGCCAGAGGCCUUCAGUUAUGUGCACUGGGACCCUGCCCGCUACAUCGUGGCUGUGGGAUCCCUCUGUGCCCUCUCCACCAGUUUACUGGGCUCAAUGUUCCCCAUGCCCCGUGUAAUCUAUGCCAUGGCUGAGGACGGCCUGCUCUUCCGCUUCCUCUCAAAGAUGAACAUAAAAACCAAGACCCCCCUGUUAGCCACCAUCGUGUCGGGUAUUGUAGCAGCCCUGAUGGCGUUCCUGUUUGAUCUGGCAGCCCUGGUAGACCUGAUGUCGAUAGGAACUCUCCUGGCAUACACACUUGUGGCAGUGUGUGUGCUUAUCCUCAGGUACCAGCCGGGUACCCUGGGCCUCAGCGGUGCCAGUGAGAAGCUGGUGGAGCUGGUGGGUCUGCAGAGGGCAACCAUGGCGGAGGGGGACAGUGGGGACGAGUUUGACCAGGAGGUUGAGGGGGAGACCAGGGCCCUCAGGGAGAGGUUCACCCUCAAGAUGCUGCUGGUGCCCAGCUGUGACGUCCCCACCAAGACCUCCGGACUUAUCGUGUACAUCACUACCGCUGUCAUCUCUGUGGUAUUCACCCUGCUGUGCGUAGUGCUGGCUGUGUGGGGGGCAGAGGUGGUGAGUGGCCACCCCCUGUGGGUCACCAUAUGUGCCAUACUGGCCUUCCUCGCCUUCCUGUGUGUGGCCAUCAUCUGGAGACAGCCCCCGAGCAGACAGGCACUCACCUUUAAGGUACCCCUACUCCCAGUGCUGCCAUUGGUCAGUAUCUUUGUCAACAUUUACCUCAUGAUGCAGCUGGAUGGGCCAACGUGGUGUCGCUUUGCAGUGUGGAUGACUAUUGGUUUUCUCAUCUACUUUGGUUAUGGGAUUAAGAACAGCUCAGAGGCCACACCCAACCGUGGUAAAUUUGAGACAGUCCUCCGAUCAAAGAGUCCCAUCUACCUGGCAGAGGAUGACAGUGAGGUGGAAGGGAUGACACCUUAGAGGAGAAUAGUGGUGGAGUAGAUGGUGUACGCCCCAACAACAUACCACGCAAGACGAACAGGUGCACAGUCUCAUCGCGUUAAUUUUCAACUGUCUGGGCAUUGUGCUAUAACCGACUGUCUUCUCCUUUGUUGAUAUUUGGUCAUUCCUAUAAUGUAGAGACCCUCACAUGCUAAAUAGAUUUUGGAUGUACAGUAUCAGUCAAAAGUUUGGACAUCUACUCAUUCAAGGGUUUUUCUUUAUUUGUAUUAUUUUCUACAU